GUUUUCCGGCUAAACAAUAAAAACCGUGUAGUGGUCGAGGAGGGGGUCGAUUGGCGAGUGGGCUCGCCUGCGCUCGAAUUUACAGCAGCUCAUAUUAUACUUACCUCAGCUGUCCACCCGCACUCAUGGGAGGUCGCUCGAAGUAAUGCAACUGUCAGAGUUUAGGUACACCCUGGUGCUGGUCGUCCAGCUGGCGCUGCUCGCCGUCGACCUGUUGUUCAACACGUUCAUCCACCGGUACCUGGCCAACACGGGCAUCUCGAUUUUGCUCUUCGUGCUCCAAGACAUCGGCCAGCUGGUCGCCAUCGCCGUGUUGCUCAUCACGUUCUUCCAGACCAAUAUAUUUCAGGCGGGUUUCAUUGUGUUGCUGUUCAACGAGUUCCGGUCGACUAUCAUUACCGGCGUUGGUUAUUUCGUUCUAACCCUGUUCGUGCAGGUGUGGACUCUGACGAACCGUUUCAAGGGCCAGGUGUACUUCUACUGGCCAGACGGACUUUACGUAUUUUUUGUCUUACACAAGUUCACUUCAUGUUUACAUUAUUACUUAUAUAAAAGAACAGCCCUAUGUAUAUCAGAUCCUAAAUUUUAUACUGAUGAAUGGAUUAAUCAUCGCAUAAAUCAAGAAUCAGAACAGAGAAGCCCUAAGUAUUGAUGAAAUUGGAUUGUAAAACAUGUAGUCAAUGGUAUGCAUAACUUCGCCUUCGCCUCCACGAAUCUUCCAAGAAGUGUACGGCGGUUCUGAGCCAGACAAUUUAUAUGCACUAUCUAGUGGUAAAUAAGAACAACUGCACAUGGUACUGUAAACUGGUUCUGUAGGUUCUGCAUUAAAAUCACCACAAACAAUUGUUGGACGGCCAGCUGUAUGAGAAGAUAUGAACUGUAGUAAAUCUUUCCCUUGUUCGUUUCGCAAGGUUGAAAGCAAGGCUCCUUUACGAGCUUUUAGAUGAGUAGUAGAAACACAUAAUUCUUUUUGUGUACUUUUAUCUUUAAGUACUAAUAAUAAUGACACCUUAAAAAUAUAUGGUAUUAAAA